ACGGCGCCAGCUCGGGGCAGGCACCAUGCUGGUGGUCUGGUACAAAAGAGAGGCCAGGCUCAGGGUGCAGCUCCGCCACAGAUAACAGCCUACUUGCUUGCUUCAGGCCUUCAGCUGGCUAGCCGGCAGCGCCUCUCACGGCCUCGCUCCACGUCUCCACCUCACCUCAUCUGGGUUCUCGAGUUCUUCGGGUCUGGUCUUUUUCUUUUUUUCGCGACCGUGCGUGAGCACGUUUUUCACGAAGAGGUUACUUCGGGUCUGGUCGGGUCUGGUCAGGUGACUGCAGCUGGUCGGUGAGUUCUUCUUGGCUCCUUGGUCUCUGCUGAAUUGAAUUUUCUUGCCGUACGAUUCAGUUCGAGAAGGCCUGUGAAGAACUAGAGAAACCUCCCUCGUCUGGAUCGACUCGAGAACUGACGUUAGAGUCUCGAUUGGUGUCUGAACUCUCAAGUGACCUUUUGCUGAUCCUUUCCUCUGCUAGCUUGAGCACCUACUCCAAGAACACGCUUUCGUUGCUUGACGCCAGCUCGAGAGGGUUUUGCUGUCUCCUCGCCGGAUAGGAUGAGCUCCCGGGAAUGCCUUUGACGUGAUUUGAUUUGGUGACAGCACGAGUCAUGUGUCUUUUCCCAGCUUUUCUCUUCCCGGCUCGCGUUCACUUUGACCUUGGAAUUGCAUAAAUCGCACGUUUGUUUCACACUUUCUCCGUCCCAAGUAGAGUGCGAGACUCAGCUUUUCAAGUAGCAGCUUACUUGUACUCCUCCCAACUCCCCCGUCAAAUGUUAUCUAAAGCCCUGGCUACACACUACCACCAUCCACAUAUUUAUAUGCAAAUUGAAGGUCUGUUUUCCUCCUGUGCCUCUCCUAGAUCAAGUGCCAUGGAGGAAGACUCCAGAGGGAGAGCUCCUUCCACUCCUCAACUGCUAAACCUCAUCCGAGGCGAGGGAGAAUGGAAGGUGGUUAGGGAGGCAGCAGAUGGAGGGAGAUCGUCAAGAACCACAAGCUCUGAAGCCGAGGAGGACACGAAGCUGGAGCUGAAGCUCGGCCUCCCUGGUGUCCAGGAGGAAGAGAGACCAGCCGGCCCCAGAGAGAAGAUGCAGCAAGAACAGGAGAGCUGCACGGCACUCUCCCUUGGUUGCUUCCGAUCACAUUCGAGACUCGCCACUAGCACUGCCACUGCCACUGCCACAGGGGCAAAGAGAGGAUUCUUGGCCACCGUUGGUGCCAAGGCAGAAGUUUGUAAUCAGAGGCACCAGGACAGGCAAGGGUGUGGGAAUGGGUUAACAUUGGGAGAUGAAAACAUGGCAGGUGAAAGGAAGAAAGGGUGCUGUCCCCCGUCGUCGUCGCGUGACUCGGCUGCUGCGCCUGUGCACAGCAGCAGCAGCCCCCAACAGGGGAGAGGUGCUGUUCUUCCAGUGGUCGGUUGGCCUCCGGUCCGGGCCAUCAGGAGAAACCUCUCAAAUGGUAGUUCAUCUAAGCAAUCGCCUGACCGACAAAACGAUGAAGCUGGUGACAAGGCGAAGCUAACCUGCAAGAGGAGCCCGCUUGUCAAAAUAAACAUGGACGGCAUCCCCAUUGGAAGGAAAAUAGACCUCGCAGCAUACGACAACUUUCAGAAGCUGUCAUCUGCCGUCCAAGAGUUGUUUUCUGGCUUUCUUGAAGCUCAGAAGGACUUAGACUGUACUAAAAGUGGAGAACAAGGAACGGAAGAGAAACUAUUUUCUGGGUUAUUGGAUGGAAAUGGCGAAUACACUUUGGUUUACGAAGACGAUGGAGGGAGCAGGACACCAGUUGGGGACCUACCAUGGAAUGUAUUUGUUUCUACUGCUAAGAGGCUGAGGGUUAUGAAAAGUUCAGAGCUUCCCCAUGGCAUGAUUAAAACUACCUCUGGGAGGGCAGCAGAUCAUUAAUAUGAGGCCAGUAGUCCAGCCAUUGGAUCAUGCAAACUGUUUUAAUCACCGGCUUCCUUCAUGUGACUCCUUUUCGCUUGUAGAGAUAAAUCUGAUAAGAUAAAUGCUAGCAUAUUGCAGAUGCCUAAAUGCACUGCAUAUUUUGUAAUUUUCCUUGCUAUUUCAGAUAUAGCUAUGCAACAUGAUCUAGUAGGAUUACUAAACCUGAAAAAUGUAUUUUUAUUUUUUACUGUGAUGCAAUAAGUUUCAACUAACUAGGCUGAGAUGAAAAAGGCAUAUGUAAUGUUCA